AUGACCCGAGCCGCCUUAAAGGGCGGUUUGGGUGGGCAGAGCGACGAGUGGAGCCGACUGGGUGAGCAACCGCAUCGCCGAGUCAAGGCGUCCAAUCUGAAUGGCCUGGCAUCCGGUGAGCAGAUGAAAGCUAGUGAUCGGAAUAAAAGUGCGCCUUGGCAACUGGUUUGUGGACAGUCGUGGCGGUUCUGUUGCCGUGCCGCAAGGUUGGAUGACGCAGAGAGAAGUCGGCCGUCCACUCGGCGUAGCCUGACGACGCAGUGCUUUAGGCGGCUGUUGCUGGGUCGGAUUUGGGCCUCGGAGCAGGAGACGCCUGUUGACUGGAGGGCAGGCGAUCUGCGUCCAUGCCUGUUGACACAAACGUGGCCAGUUUGUACUCUGAACGCAGGCGGUGUGUAUGCACGGGGGUCGUUGGCACGGCCGACAACUAUCUCGACGUCUGCUCGCCAAGUUCAAGCUCUUGACCGCUGCUCUGCGCCUGCUGCCUCUGUGCGUCUGGGUGUGUGUUGUCGCUCAAGUGUUGUGUCAUGCUGGCCUGAGCUAACCGCUCGCCGGCGUGACGUCAAGACCGGCAGGGAUUGCAUGAGCCAAUCAAACGCCGGUAUGGGGCAGACUAGGUCAGGCCAAGGGCCGACGUCUGUCAUACACGCAAUGACCUCGAUUGGGGCCGUCUAUUCACCGUCUCCUAUUGUCUGGCCUACUCUGCUGUCAGUUCGCGCG